AUUCAGUCUUUGCAAACAAAGUCGUGACGAAUUUCCUUGACUCAUUCUUUCUGCUAGUCGGUUUUCUCUAUCUGCUUUGGUUGCUGGCAUUCAUCGCUCUCUAUAUAUCUACCGGCAGGUCCAGUCUUUACAUACGACCAUCCCCAACAUUCAUUGUUGAAAAGCAUUUUAUAUUGCAUUCCUUCUCGCUCUGUAGCCCACAAACGAACGAAUCUCCUUCACGAAUCGAACUAUCAACCCCGUCAUCAUGCCUAUCCCAAGCUACGGAGCCGCUCCCCUGAGCACCACCUUCCUCCUUGUCCGGGGCUUGCAAGUCAUUGCCAUGAUUGGCAUUGUUGGAAUGACGGCGAAUUUUGUCAGCGAGAUGGUCGCAUAUGGUCGCGAGCCUUCUAAGGAGGUGGUUGGCACUCUCAGCGUCACAUGCAUCGCAACUCUCUACACCCUGGUGUCCAUCGCCUUCUAUUGGGCCCAAGCCAACAUCGGCCUCUUCGUCAUGUGCGGUGUCGAUUCCCUCCUCCUCAUCGCCUGGAUCGUCGUCGCCGUCACCGUUGGCAAACCGCUCUCGUUCCUCCACUGCCCCGCCCUUGGCGAUUCCACCCAAGCGCAAGACGCAAUCCAGACCUACUCGAUGGUUCAAUCCAUGAAGACCAACCUCGGCGUUCCCGGCAGCCAACUCGACCUUCGCGCGUGGGCGGGCUUCACCAAGGCCAAUUGCUACGAGACGAAGGCGAUCUGGGGUCUUAGCAUCGCCCUUUGCAUUCUCUAUACGGUGUCUGCACUGCUUUUGCCGACACUGUUUUUCAAGAACAAGAAGGCUGGAUACGUUAAGGAUCCUGCAUAGACGGAUCUAACGUGUACACAAGCCAAAUUCAUGGAGAACGUUGUUAAGAUGUUAGUCUGUCAUCUGAUCUGGAUCAAAUAUGAACCGCGAGAAACCUUGCAUGCCUAGAUGGCAGCUUGUCCGCAAUGGCAUGGGGAAGGCGUUUGGGGAUUCAUGUUGCUCAUUUCACCUAAUUGUCCUGGUGCUCGACAGGCGUUCCGAGCAGAUUUUGUCUAAUACCAUAAUGAAAAGUCCAAAAUAUAUACAUCAACACAUCAAGGAUAAACAAGCUCCCUUC